CCCCUAGCAAAAAGCUAGUGUGCGGCUUUCACUAACUGUGACACAGGAAUGCCCUUUCCUGCUAGCGCCUUUAAUGCUCACGGGCAAUAAAUCUACAAUCGAACAUUGGACCAGUGUGGAGCCAAAGCUCGGGGAGUGGAUGAGGACAGCCGGUUCAUCAGCAGGCCCUGAGCUGGCUGACCUCAAAGCAGAGACAACACCUCGAUUAGGGUGAAUUUGAAAAUAGCUGUGCCCUGAAGGCAUUUCCAUUUUUAAGAUGUCAUGCAAACGAGCAGACGGGAUGUCCAUAGCUCAGGCGUUAGCCAUGACUGUAGCAGAGAUACCGGUGUUUCUCUAUUCCACAUUUGGGCAGUCCAUAUUUUCUCAGCUAAAGCUCACCCCAAGCUUGAAGAAGGUGCUGUUUGCCACGGCGCUGGGCAGUGUCGCAUUGGCUCUCACCGCUCAUCAGCUGAAAAGGCGGGGGAGAAAAAGGAAGCAGGUAACACAAGGGAAGGAUGGCCAGAAGACAGUGGGAAUACCUGAGGCGCUGAUGAAGACAGGAAGACCCUCGUCAUUAAAGAGAGGCCAAUUUACUGGCCGACAGAUGAUGAGUCCCAGCAAUCGCAGCAAUGACACCAUGAGUGGAAUUUCUUCCCUGGGCCCAAGCAAACACUCAAGCUCCUCACACAGCCUGGCAUCUAUGCGAGUCCCAAGCUCUCCAAAUCAGUCUGCCAAUCCGUCCACCCCCUGGGAAGCGGAGCCCGUGGUGGAAGAGUCGGGAGCUAUGGAGGAUGCAAAUGCAGAGAAUCUCUAUAUAAUGGGGAUGGAGCUGUUUGAGGAAGCUCUACGAAAGUGGGAGCAGGCCCUGAAUAUCCGCCAUCAGCCCAGCUCGUCCUCCAGCAACCACAGCCUCGCUCUGCAGGGGGCCGCAUGUGCUGAGCUUCCUAUGGUUGAAUCCCAUAAUAACGUGUUUGCUGAGAAGUUGGAGACCCUUCUGCACAGGGCCUACCACCUGCAGGAGGAUUUUGGCAGCAGUAUCCCGACAGACAGCGUGCUAGCAGAUUUCGUCAGAGUUUGUGGUGUUCCUUUGGCAGAGAGUGAAGGAACUCUUAUCUUGCCUCAAGUGGAGAGUUUCCACAGACUGCACGAUGACGAUGACACAACUGUUACCUCCGACGACUCCUUCUUCUCGGCUGCAGAGCUGUUUGAUGCCAUGUCUCUGGAAGGUGUGUACCAGCCUCUGAGGCCUGCAGCUCUCUAUGAAGAAGCCUUGUGUCUGGUGCGGGAGGGCAAAGUGCCCUAUAGGUCCCUGAGGACUGAAUUACUUGAAUGUUUUGGGGACCAAGACUUCCUUGCCAAGCUCCAAUGUGUGCGACAAGCAUUCCAGUUCCUGUUGCUAGAUGAAACUCACCGCACAUUUUUCAUGGAGACCGGGAAGCAAAUGAUUGCAGGGUUAAUGGUGAAGGCAAACAAGAGUCCCAAAGGCUUCCUGGAGAGCUACGAGGACAUGCUGCUCUACACAAAGAGAGAGGAAACAUGGCCCGUCACCAAGAUGGAGCUGGAGGGUCGGGGG